UUUCUCUAUCUCCAUUUGAAAUCCUGAUAAUCCUCCCAUUUUUGCAUGGCAGUUAGAUUCCUAGCUCGCGAGGUAUCAGAUAUGUGCCUAGGGAAGCCACAGCUACGGCCAUUGCCGAUAUCCGCAUCAGUCUCCGACGCAUUGUCCGCCUUAAGAACCACCGGCGAGAGCAGUGUCAGCGUAUGGAAAUGUGAACAUUCAUCGCCGAAGAAGACCGCCAACCUAGAUUCUUGUCGGUGUGUCGGCAAGGUUUGCAUGGUAGAUAUCAUUUGUUUCCUCUGUAGAGAAGAUAACCUUUCUUCCCCCUCGAUCGCGCUUCAGGCACCUAUUUCUGAUCUCAUAGGAAAUAAUGCCAGACUCGUCAAACAUUUAGAUCCACAUUCUAGGCUAUCUGAAGCAAUAGAUUGCAUACUGGAUGGAGCUCAAAACCUAAUUAUUCCGAUUGAUAACAAAUUAAGCAAGUCGAGAAACAAGCAGCCAACCACCACCCUGCACAAUGGGCAAGAAUUCUGCUGGCUAACCCUAGAAGAUGUAGUUCGAUUCAUACUGAAUUCCAUUGGAGUUUUCUCUCCAGUAUCAGCAAUGAGUAUUGAUUCGCUUCACAUAAUUGACCCUCAUGUCAUGACUAUCCACUAUGAGGAACCUGCUUCCUCUGCUUUGAACUACAUAUCUCGAUCCCUAAUCGAGCAGAAAUCAGUUGCAGUAGUAGAUGAACAUAUAAGAAUUAUAGGCGAAAUAUCUCCCAAUACAUUAGGUUGUUGUGAUAAAACAGUUGCAGCUGCAAUUUCGACUCUUUCUGCUGGUGAUUUAACUUCUUACAUUGAUUACGGUGGCCCUCCAGAGGAUUUGGUUAGGCUAGUGAAGGUAACAUUGAAGGAGAAGAAACUAGAGGGGAUGUAUUUAAUGAUGGAAGAAAUAUCUACAUCAUCAAGAACAACAGCAACAACUAGUGGUUGUUCUUCUUCGUCGGAUGACAAGAUUGGAUUGGUGAGGAGGAAUGGAGGAACGGGUCGUUACCCUCAAAAGAUGAGAAGGUCCGAGGCGAUAAUAUGUCAUCCUUGGAGUUCAUUGGUGGCUGUGAUGGUUCAGGCGCUUGCUCAUCGUAUGAGCCAUGUUUGGGUUGUCGGAGAAGAUCAUUGUUUGUUGGGAAUUGUUACGUUUUAUGGGAUCUUGCAUGUUUUCAGGAAUAUUGCUAGGCAUAAACCUGAAGGAGAGACUUCUUUUAGGCUCUAAUUGAUAAUCUAAUACCAUACUUUGAAACAAACUAUC